AAAUAGUUAGUUCAUAUAAGCUUGUCGCCAAGAUAUUAGAUACUGUAUUGUUUAUUUACUUCAGUUGUGCUUAUGCAUACUUUUUCGCAAGUUUAAAUGGGAGUCGAUUUAGCUCGGGUAUGUGUAGGUAACUGUAGGGAAGUAACUAGUCAUAUCACUUAUAUUAACUGGAAGGGAAAAGUAAACUUGCUAGUGACAAUAGCUUCGGGCAUAUAAUAUAUAUAGUUAUUCGUCUUCAACAUACCCAACAAUAAUUCUUUUACUCCCCCAUCGAAUUAUACGAAGCUAUCUCAACGUCAUUUUUCUGUUCAUAAUUAUUUGAUUCGCGUUGACCAACCAGCUGUGUCAUUCAACCUGUUUUUCCAUAAUGUGACGAAACUGUUGUCACCGAUAUGGUCAAAGGAAAGUUUCAGGCUUAUUUCCCAUUUGAAAAGAAUUCUUUGACGUACAGCUGCCUCCACUGUCGUGCACAUUUAGCUCGUCAUGACGACCUCAUAAGUAAAUCUUUUCAGGGAAGUCAAGGUCGAGCUUAUCUAUUUAACCAGGCUGUAAAUGUUCGUUGCGCUGAAGCUAAACAACGUGUUCUUCUGACCGGGUUGCAUUUUGUAGCUGAUAUAUUUUGUGCAUGUUGUGAUACAGCACUAGGUUGGAAGUAUGAACGCGCUUUUGAACCUAGUCAACGAUACAAAGAAGGCAAGGUUAUAAUUGAAUUGGCACAUCUAUUUAAGGAUAACAGUUGGGAUGCUGAAUGGUUAUACCCUUUGUAUCCGACAAGCUCUAUUGCUAAUGGUAAUACUUCUGACACGACUUUAAAGUAUGCAAAGCCGCAUUCGAUUAGUGUAAGUGAUUAUCGUCAUAGUGAAACUGGAAAACCUAAAUCUUCACUAAACUUCCCACCGAUUGAUGCGUCUGAUUCUUUAUCAUCAACUGAUGGAGGUGUUUUUGAAUCUUCUACAACUGAUUUAAUUGAUCCUAAUGAAGAAACGUGUACAGAUUUCGUGCAUCAUCAUCACCAUUCACACCCUCCUCCUUCUCUACACCAUCAUCACCACCAACUUCAUUAUCAUUUGAAUACAUCUCCAUCCUCAACUCAGGUUCAUCAGUCAUCAUUUUCUCUUAUGUCAAAUGAUUCAGCGUCCUUAUCAUAUCGAUUAAGUUCAUCAUUAAAUGCAACGGGUUGGGCCUUUCGUAUUCCACCAUCACUGACAUCUAACAAUGAUAGCCAUGAUAAAUAUUUAUUAGACUUAUCUGAUUCUGGACGUGUCAGUGAUUAUUCUCAUACUUGCACAUCAACAUCAGCAACAGAGAAUGUAGGACAUUUAAAUCUUGUUUGUUCUACAGAUAAUAACAUCAGUGAUAGUGAUAUUAGACACGUUGAUAAUUUAACACCGGAUGACGUGAUUAUCACUAAUAUUGAUAAAAGUAAUACACGUAUUCAUAAUAAUACAGAUAACAAAACUAGGAUAGUCUCUGGUCAAACAGGCACUAACAUUAAUAAUAAUAAUACUGGUAUUCGUAAAGAAGAUGAACAUUUUACCAAAUCAAAGCCAAUAACUCCUAUUACAAUUAAGCUAUCUCAUAAAGAUCAAAAUAACAAUGCUGUGGAUAAUAAUAAUAAUAACUCUGACUAUAGUUGUUUGGAAACAGACGCAUAUGAUAUUUUUGAAGAUAUCAACUUUAACAAUGGGAAUAAUCAUAGACCAGUGGAUGAUUUAUGCUUAAGAAAGUUAUCUCAGUUUUCAACUAGUUGUGAUAACAUGAAAUAGGGUGACUUGAAUCACCGGUUUGGAAAUUUUCUAAAUGUUAAAUGACUGUCUAAGUCAACUGGAAGCUCGUAAAUUGGGUAUAUUUGCAAUAUUAACAGAAGUUGUACUCAUGAAAUUCGAACUAGCGUCGAGUUCCAACUAGGAUGAAAGCUUAACACCGAGUUCGACAAUAAUUUAUUUUCAACACCUCAAGCUAGAAGAAUUUCCAAAAUCAAUACACAAAAUCUACGAGUUACAUUCAAUUCUAAUUUAGCUAAACGUAAUCGUAAACGUAUAAAACAUCGACUUCGUGCUUCAUCUGCUUCACCUUCAAGAGAUUUUCUUUUACCUACUGGUUCAGAAGAUGAAGAAGAUGAUAAAGAAGAAGAAGAAGCAGAAGCAGAAGAAACAGAUAAUCUAUCCGAUUUUACUAAUUUUCAUAAUCAAUCACAAAAUAUUGUUAAAGUACAAGAUUGAAUGAAAUACUAUACUAUUUUAAUUCUAUGAAUAGCUUAUUCAAAACUACAUUUACUGUCCAUGAAUUUUACACACGCCCCCCCCCCACACACACUCACACGCACAAAAGUACACAACAUAAGCCUUUGUAUGAUUUUAAAUGCUGUGGAUUAAUAUAAACCAUAUGUCUUUCGAGGAUCUUUUAUUUACAUAAGAUAAAAACCCAGUUUACUUUAAAAUAAUUCAUUAUUUAUUUUAUCCUAGCAACACAUAUCCUCUAUUCAUUGCUUAUUGUUUCUUAUUUAUAAUAAUGAUAAUUGUUCAUAAAAUCAUUUUAGCGGUUUAUUUGUUUCGGCUUCUUUUUUUCUUUCUUUUCCCUUCCUUUCUUCUCUUUUCUUUUGUUGCUGUUAUUGUUGUUGUUGUUGUUCAAUAUUAGAUUAAUCCUAAUCUCCUACAUUUCAUAUAUCAUUUAUAUAAAUAUUCACUAUUUCAAUCUUGAAUAUCUUGUUUCUAGGUUAAUAAAAGCGAAUAUGUUGUCCAAUGAUAUUUGUCCAAAGUAUAUGAUAAUCUUAAAUGCAUAGAUAAUAUGAAACUGUUAUCUUCUUAUUGAUUUAUUGAUUUAUGAGCAUCUAUAUUAUUUUUGAUAAUCGAUUCAAGGUAAUGGAUCAUCUCCCUCCCUCCCUCCCAACCUCUCUCUCUCUCUCUCUCUCUAUAUAUAUAUAUAUAUAUAUAUAUAUAUAUAUAUAUAUAUAUAUAUAUAUAACAAUAUUAAAAUUGCGAAUAGAAAAGGAAACGAAUAAGUUAUUGUUAGUUACUUGGUGGAUAGUCUCAAUUUUGCUUAUUAGUUAAUUUUAAUUGUUUUUCUUUCAUUCUUUUCUUCUCUCUUCUUUCUUUUCUUUUUUUUUAUGAAUACAAAGAAAAACAAACAAGCUGUUACGUAAUCUUGCUUUCCUUCAUGUAAUAAUAAUAAUAAUAAUCAUAGUAAGAGUUUGUUCAUACAGUUUAAUAUAUUACUAUUAAUAAAUACAUACUAAACACCUUGAUAUGAUAUUGAUUUUCAAAGAAAAAAAAACAAAUAAACAGAACAAAACAAAGAUUUCUGUAAAAAAAUAUUUUGAUCGAUUAUUGUUAUUAUUAUUGUUGCUACGUCUUAGUUACUAUGUUCCAUGUUAUUUUCAUUUCAAAGAUUAUUUUAUUGUUGUAUUUGUGAAGAAUUUUAUGUUUUUGUUCCUUUUUUAUUUUGCUUCUUUGUUUUCAUUGUCUCUUAGAAUUAAGCCAUGUUUCAUUAAAAAAAAAAGAAAAUAAAAGAAAUUCAAUAACUUUACUGUUUUUUCCCUCCUUUUAAUUGUUUGUUUCAAUGAUAAAUAUAUGAAAUUUUACUAUUUGGAACAAUUAAUUUAAUUUGAAUGGUUGAAAUCAUGAAUCAAUUGAAGCUAGACCAUCGUGGAAAACCUGGUAGUAUUGAAAGGACGUUUCGUCCUACUGUGGGACUCCUCAAUAGUGCACAUUCAUGAUCCUGCCACACGAGAUUUGAACCCAGGACCUAUUAGCCUUGCGCGCGAGUGCUUAACCACUAAACUACUAAGCCAGUCGGCAUCCAAUGGUGUUAAUGUCUAACUUGAAUUGAUCCAUUAUCUUAAGCAACUCUUCAUCCUUUGUCUGAGGUGGAUAACUGUCUCGUACUCGACACAGAUUGAAGUCCACCGGUCACGGCUUCUCACUUCAGGUAAUAUCUCUUGAAGCCAGUCAAUAGUGAGCAUACGUUGAUUAAUAUCAGAAGGAUUUUUGUGGAUAUUAUAGUAAUUUCAAUAGUUGAGAUCAUGAGUUAAUUGAAGCUAGACCACCAUGAAAAACCUGGAAGCAUUGGAAGACCGUUUUGUUCUAGUACAGGAUUCCUCAGCAGUGCACAUCCACGAUUCCACCUCGCGAGAUUCGAACACAGGACCUAUCAGUCUUGCGCACGAGCGCUUAACCACUAGACUACUGAACCGGAGUUCAAUUGUGUUAAUGUUAAUAGGUUCGAAUCUCGCAAGGCGGAAUCGUGAAUGUGCUGUGCUGAAAAGUCCUACAAUGGGACGAAACUGGUCGUCCAGUGCUUCCUGGUUUUCCAUGCUGGUCUAGCUUCAAUUGACUCAUGAUCUACAAAAACCCUUCUGAUAUUAAUAUGCUACUUUAUUAAUUUAAUUCAAUUCAACUGAAUGUUAAAAUAUAGAUUGCUGUUUGGAUUUGAGCAAUAAAUGAUUAUGUGUUUGAAGGCUUGAAAAAUGGAAUUAGAUAAGAUGUGGUUACAAUUUGAAAAUUAUGUGUUUCAACCAGUAAAAUUUCACUUUACAUAGUAUAGUUUAUUUUUCAUUAUUAUCCGUUAUGUACACCAGUAUGGAAGCUUACUAUAAAUGAUCCCAAUUAGCUACUUGUAUAAGAAAGCUGAGAAUAAGCAGAAAAAUUUAUUGUUUAGAACCAAAUCUUAUUCUCUUAGAAAACAAAGUUUCGUUUUUCAACCGCUAGCUUAUAUCUGUUUCUUGAGAAAAUGAAGUUAAAUCUUAUCUUUUAACCGAUGUUUGAUUGGCCCAGAAUAUCAUUCCUCGUCAUUAUAAUUAACUGAUAUUAGGAUCAAAUGAAUAAAUGAUAGUGAAUGCUCAUUAGUUCAGAUUUAAUUGUGUAUCUGUUGGGGACGUUAGAUCCCCAGAACUCACUUGAGAAAGGUCUUAAUUUUGUAAUUUUAUUUAGAAAUUUUGAAUUUCUUUGUUUUCGCGCCUAAGGCGCUCUUGUCACCUUCAUGUCGUAUUUCCCAUUGGGAAAUAUCUUAAAUGCUAUUGGUCCGUUGCGUCUUUUAGUAUGCUAUUAUGGUAACUCUCCCCAAGGACGGUUUUUUACUGUAUAUAUACGUUUUGAAUUGUGUUUGUUAUUAUCGCUCGUUUCUGGCUGUUUGCAGAAUAUACUUCCCCAUUCCAAACUUGGACUUCUCCCUCUAGUUAGCGGUGCUGGGACGCAUUAAUAGCUAGCUUACUGGUCUUUGGUCACCGAGUCUUGUUUCUCGUUCGCAGAUUAAGUGAACUCGUGAUAGCUUCAACCCUAGCGGUAUCAUUUAUAAUAUUCUGAAAUGAGUUAUAUAUCUAAUCUAUUCAGUCUGACGAGGAAGAAUGUAUUUAUAAAAUCUCAGAGAAUGAAUAUGAAGAAAAUCUCACGUUUCACCUAGCAAUUUGGUUUAAGCUUUUUCAAGGAAAUUUCCUUCAAUACAUUCUUCCUCUUUAAUGUCUCAUAUCAACUCGGCGUCCAAAUACUGUGAAACUAUUCAGUCUUACAUUCCAAUAUUCUGUUUUUACUUCAAAAAGAUUAAUUCUCAUAUGACACACAUCUUACUAAUCAAUUAUCAAUCUGUGACUAUACACACAGAAUUGUGUUACCAAGCAACUCAACAGUAUUGUAAUGCCGAAACAAAAUAAAAAUGCGAAUAACUAAUUCAUAAUUCAUUGAUUUGUUUCUUUCAAUUGUAUGAUUAGUUACAUAUAUGUAGCAU